AUGCACUGGCUCCAUUAUCUGAUGGAAACGGACCCCCAUCUGCAACUCCAGCACGCGAGGAAUGGAGGUGAAAAAGAGUUCACGUGUGGAGAGGGCCAAUAUCGGUACAGUGUGGAUAGCUACGAUCCAGCGAAAGGCACCAUCUACGAAUUCCUGGGCUGUUUCUGGCAUGGGUGCCAGACCUGUCACAAGACCCAACGUGGAGAACCGCAUCCCGUUCCGGGGCCGUCGUUGGGAGCCUGUUACACCGACACCCACUACCGCUUGAGUCUCUUGAGUCAACACCCUGAGGUGAAACGGAUCGUCACCCUGUGGGAGCAUGAGUUUACAAAAAUGCAACAGGUGGACUCUGCUCUGCGUGCGUUCUUGCAGGGGCCCCACUGUAUCCACGUCCCUGGGCCGCUCAACCCUCGCGACGCCUUCUAUGGAGGACGCACCAAUGCCAAGCGAUUAUGCUACGAAGCCCAAGAAGGUGAAACCAUCAAGUACAUCGAUAUUUGUUCCCUUUAUCCUUACAUUUGUAAGACCGGAGCGUUUCCCACGGGACACCCGACCCUUCUCCAUCAACCCCCUGUGGACACGUUGUUUGAACUGAAAGGCCUGAUCCAAUGCCGUGUCCUACCCCCGAAACGACUCUACCAUCCGCUACUGCCUUACAGAUCGGGUGGCAAACUGCUCUGUCCUUUCUGCCGUACGUGUGCCGAUACCCGGUCAGACUCCCCCUGCGAGCACAUAGACGAAGAGAGGUCAUGGGUGGGCACGUACGCCACCGUAGAACUCCAGGAAGCCGUGAAGAAGUAUGACUACCAGGUGCUUCAGAUCUACGACGUUUGGCAUUUUGACACCUUUGCACAGCAUGACCCUGACACCCAGCAAGUAGGACUCUUUGACACUUAUAUCGAUCGACAUUUCAAGGAGAAGCUCGAAGCCAGGGGAUACCCCGAAAGGAUGUAA